AUGGAAUCCUCCAACGGGCAACACACAUCACAUCUCGUCAUAACAAAGUUUUUCAAUGGCUACAAAAUGGCCGCUGCUACGCCAUCCAACAGUCGGUUGAAGCUGACGCCCUCCAACUCGCCUUAUCUUGGACGCCCCGCGAGAUCCCCAAUGCGCGGCCGUGGGCAAGAAUCCUGGCUUUCCUUGCGGAGAGUCGUAGGCACUACUUGCCGUUCGCAAACCGGCUUCGACACUCUGAAUUCUUCCUUUGCCUACGUUGCGGGGGGUGCUGUCGUCGUCGUCACGGUCGAAAACGGAAACUACACCCAGCGCUUUUACCGAGCUCGGCCUGCUGCUAUCCCCAUCUACAAUGCCGCAAAUGCCUUGCAGAAUUCUUCGAGCACACCCACCCUAGCCACUCCCAAGGCCAAUGACAGCCGCGGCAGAGUCGCGCCAUCAACCCGAGACUCCAUCUACGGCUCACUCGACUGGGCUGAUUCACCCACCUCCAAAACCUGGACCAGCAGAGAGAGGAUCAAGGCCGCCACCUGUGUUGCGCUCAGCCGCGAUGGCAAGUUUCUUGCUGUCGGCGAGACCGGCUAUGCCCCUCGUGUUCUAAUCUUCAACCUCCAAGAAGCAUCCUCCGACACCCCGCUGGUCUCCAUCAACGAGCACACGUUUGGUGUAAACGCUGUAGCUUGGUCCGCUGACUCACGGUAUCUCGCCUCAUUGGGUGCCGCCAACGACGGGUUUCUUUACAUCUGGAAGGUAGACCCCCGUACCGGACAAACCAAGUUGUUUCAACAGAACCGAUGCACUUCGUAUAUACGGCACAUGACGUGGAUGGGAAGCAAUCUCAUUACACUAGGCGUGCGCCAUGUCAAGAUUUGGAAAAUUGAAGAUGGGCCCUCAUCUCCGACAAAAACUCGACACUUGAACGACUCUGCUCCAUCUACUCCCACAUCCUCCCAGAAGACACUGCCCGGUCGCAAUGUCUUACUGGGUGGCCUACUUGAUGCCACCUUUACCUGUGCCGCUGUCGACGGCAAUCGGCUCCUUGUAUGCACCGAGGCUGGUGAUGUCUGUAUCAUGGACGACGACGACAGACAAAUGAAGCUUGCCAAGGCAGUUACAUUGAAUUUCGCCAUUACGACCAUUACCAUACGAGGGGAUGUCGCCUACGUUGGGGGCAAGGACGGUUCCUUCGCCACCUUGGAUGUACUAGCUGUCAUGGACGCCGGUGGCGAAAAUUGUGUAUUGUCUGCGGCAACUGCACCUACGGGAAUGUUGGCCCUUGGUUUCCUAAACGAUAACCUUGUCACAAUUGACUCGAAACAAUCCAUUGAUGUUUGGUCCCGCGAUCAUUUACCUGGGCAAAAGCAAGACGCAAUUGCCCACAUCCCUAUUCCUGGUCAUGGCGAGUCUAUUGACGGAAUUCAUCCGCUUCGCCGCCCCAAUAAACCGAAUGCCUCAUUUAUCACGUGGUCGGGUUCGGGAAAUGUCACAUUCUGGGAUACAGAAGGCCGACAGAAAAUGUCGGUCGAUGUCCCUAUCGAUGCGGUCGAGAUUGACUCAGAAAUGGGUGUUAGCAACCAAGUCACUUGCGUUGAAACACUACGCAAUGGCAAACAGCUCAUCGUCGGCGACCGCCUAGGUAUACUAAAAAUCUUCGACGUCGAUACAAAGGAGCUGCUGCUGGACACCAAAGCGCAUUCCAUGUAUUGUGUUGGCAUCAGCGUCUGCGAAACUCCUCACAAGUUCGUCGUUGCGAGUUGCGGUCGCGACAGGACCGUACAACUCUUUCAUCAGCUGUCCAACGGGACGAUAGAACACUUUCAAACUCUCGAGUUCAACGCCCGGGUCGUGCAGGUUCUCAUUCCAUCGGAUGACAAAGUCAUUACUUGUUCCCUUGAUCGUUCUAUGCAGAUUCAUGAUCUGGUCACUCGUGAAGGCGAGCCUGACGUCAUUGCAGCUAUACCUUCCAAAGUCAUAUCCCUCAAAGCAUCUCCCACAAGCCUACUCAUGGGACCGGACCGUCGCAGUAUCUACGUUUCGCUAUUGGACCGCUCCGUAUUUCAGUUCGAUCUCUUCACCGGCCGACAAGUCUCUUGUUUCAAGUGUACCGACGAAGGCGGCGUCGAGUCUGCGGUGCUCGAUGACUUGACCCUCGGCAAUUGGCCGGCCCGCGAUCUUGACUUUAUUUUAGGCACUUCUAACACGGAUAAGUCGAUAAGAUUGUACGAUGCGCGAUCAGGAACGUUUCUUGACCGUGAGUGGGGGCACACUGAAGCCAUCAACGGCGUAUGCAUAGUGGAAGACGAUGACGGCUCAAAGAAAGUGAUCAGUGCCGCGUCAGAUGGCACCAUCAUGAUAUGGCUGCUGGAUUUUACCGAGUGCUCGCCGAGAUCAAUGAGCCGUGACCCGUCGCCCGCUAAAGAAGGCAGACCUACGUUGAGAAAGGUUCUCUCACGAGCGGAGCUCGCCGAAUUCCAGCGCCCAAGUCCUUCCAAUGGCAGACAGAAAUCUCCGCCUCGCACCUUGCCACGACGAAGCUCACGCAUCAAUUUAAAAACACCAACCGGUACGCUGAACGUACAAGGCAACAGCACGAUUCUCGAGAGCACACCAUCGAGACGGAGACCUUCUGAGAGCCAGGGAGCUAGUCCGCCGCCCAGUCCCAAGGGCCGCAUUAGUCGCCGACCCUCACUGCCAGCGAUGAGCGCUGUUGCACGCAAAAAAACUUCCGCAACAAACUUGAGAGCGCAGAACACAUUGAAUACGGCCACAGAGCAGGCAUGUCGGACACUGCGCCUCUACCGGCGUAAGCUCUCGUCCGCAGAGCCAAUCACCGCGGAAUGCUUGACAGAGUUGGAUCAAGAACUUCGCCUCACAGCCGCCGCCUUGGGCGAUCGGGCCAUCCGCAGCAAAGCUAUGAAUGAAACUGUGCUCAGUGGACUGUUGGACCAAUAUUCUGAGCGACUGGUCACGUUGCUUGACGAGAAGCUACGGCUCACCACACCGACUAAAGACCGAGAGACGGACAACUCGACUGAAGAGCGCCGAGGCAGUGCCUCGAGCAGCUCCAACACAUCAUCUUCGCCGUGA